AUGACGGGACGACUCUCAUUCUUAGUCGGUGCCAUAUCUCUCUACGCUCGGUAUGUAUCGGGCCAAGUCACCACAAGUGCAUCGGCAGUGGUGUCCACCCUCAGCGGUCAAGCUGUUUCUGCAUAUGUCUAUCCCCCACUUACCGUGACUGGACAAUUUCCUUGCUUGACCGCCAAUUCGUAUAUGAUCUUUAAAGACUCUGCAAGCUCGUCUGCUACAUAUCCUAUUUGGACCUGCACAACCAGCUGUGGCAGUGUAUCGAGUGGCGUUGGCCUCAUGGUUUUUCCAGCCACAACUACGACCGGAACCUACGAAGUCCAGAACCCGCCGUCCGGCUAUCCCGCAUUGGAGGUCUCGGAUCUAGCAGUCGUUACCGAUACGGCUUUCUCGACACCCUCGUCGUACAACAUCGAUGGUCCUCUUCCUACUACGACAAGCACAUUAACUUACUCAGCCUUCCCCGGCCUUACUCUCACGGUGGCUACGACUACACCCAUACCAGCCGUAACAGCCACCCCAAUAUCCGUCCCGACCAACUGUCAAGGUGGCGGUGGGCCUGGAGCUGGACCAACUUCAGGUGGCUCAUCAGCAGCGUCAAUACCAGGGUCCUUGAGUGCGUCUGCUGGCUCGACUGCAUCUGGUGCAAACGGACCUGGGGGCUCAGGAUGGACAGUUACCUAUGCUUCGGGCGGGGCAUCAUCCACUUUUAGUCAACCAAGUGGAUUAAGCCCAUCGUCUUUUUCGAGUGGGCUGUCGUUCGGGUCUUCGGUUCAGUCUGGAGGCUCAAACCUCGCUUCAACUUCGACUGUUCUUCCGGCAGCUUCUUCAGCCUCGGGUUCUGUCGGAAACUCUAACAUCGCUCCUGCAUCGACCGUAGUACCAGCGAACUCAGCAUCAUCCGGUCAUUUGGGAGGAUCAAACUCCUCUUCUGCGUCGUCCAACGCAGCUGGAGGUUCUAACCCUACUUCCCCCCUGAGCCGAGUACCUGCAAGCUCUGCAUCCUCUGGUCAACCUGGAGGGUUAAAUGCACCUUCUGCAUCAAGCGGACUGUCAAGGAUCUCGGCAUCAUCAAAUGCAGUCGGAGGUUCUAACCCUUCAUCUGCCUCAUCAGAACUAUCUGCCGCACCGAACCCCGUAUUCUUCAACCAGCCCGCUGUGCCGAAUGGUCAAUCGUCAGGCUCUUCUCCCGGCGGGCAGUCUCCAGCUUCCAAUUCAGCUUCAAUCUCCGCAUCAGCAUCUAUUAGUCAAGUGCUGCCGCCGGGCGCAUCAGUGGUCACUUCUUUCGUCGCGGGGGCUGGCGGAUCUGUCAGUGCUGCGACCGUCGUUCAGACUUUCUUGCCAACAGUCAUCAGCUCUUUGGCAACCCUCACCACUCCCCUCGUCACUUCUAGCAUCAUCACUUAUGGUACCAGUAGCACGUCAGCCAUACCAGUCACCGUCUUCCCAGGCGGCACAGCAUGGCAGAUCCCAAGUGUCGGUCCAGGCACACCAAUCUUGUCGCCUCCUACAGCGGCUCCAACCGUGGGGACCUUAAGUGUCAACCAGACAUCAAGCGGGUCGAGUGCGGCAAGCAGAAUUGGUGCUUCAUCGGGUCUCUCUGGCUUCACGACGGUGGUGAGCUCAAAUUCAGCGAGCUCCGAUCCGGCAAGUCCUGGAAGUAGUGCAGGCUACCUGGGCCCUGUACCCAUCUCUGCAGAGCCAGCCACCAUUACAGCAGCCUUGGCUUCGCAAUCAUCUGUCAACGUCAUCGGACUUACUACUUAUUCCAGUACUACCAGCCCAUUGUACGAUCAAUAUAGCUCUGGUGUCUCAAGCGACGGACACACUCAGGCGACAGGCGGAGCCGUUCCGUUCCCACUAUUCUGGUCUCACACAUGUUGGGUAAGUGUUUCGAUGAUACAAAGCAUGAGCUAUGAUUGA